GUGGUGAAAGCAUGUAAUGAAGGUGUCAGGAAGAUGAGCCGAACAGAGCAGAUGAUCAGCAUCCAGAAGAAGCUGGAAUUCAAGAUCAAGUCCGUGCCCAUCAUCUCCCACUCCCGCUGGCUGCUGAAGCAGGGGGAGCUGCAGCAGAUGAACGGCCCGAAGACCUCACGGACGCUCCGCACCAAGAAGCUCUUCAGAGAGAUCUACUUGUUCCUUUUCAACGAUCUGCUGGUCAUUUGCCGGCAAAUUCCGGGGGACAAGUACCAAGUGUUUGACUCGGCUCCCCGGGGGCUUCUUCGGGUAGAGGAGUUAGAAGACCAGGGGCAGAGUUUGGCCAACGUCUUCAUCUUGAGGCUGCUGGAGAACGCAGAUGACCGGGAGGCCAGCUACAUGCUGAAGGCAUCGUCCCAGAGUGAAAUGAAGCGCUGGAUGAUUUCACUGGCCCCCAACCGGAGAACCAAGUUCGUUUCCUUUACAUCCAGGCUUGUGGACUGCCCGCAGAUCCAGUGUGUCCACCCCUACUUGGCCCAGGAGCCAGACGAGCUGUCCUUGGAGCUCGCCGACGUCCUCAACAUCCUGGACAAGACAGACGACGGCUGGAUAUUUGGAGAGCGUCUUCACGACCAGGAGAGGGGCUGGUUCCCCAGUUCUAUGGGGGAGGAGAUCCUGAACCCCAAAAUCCGAGCCCAGAACUUGAAGGAGUGUUUCCGGGUGCACAAAUCAGACGACAGCCAGCGGAGGAAACUGGGCAGCAGGAACCGCCAGUGACCGCCGCUGGCCCCGAG